AUGGAUCAUGCAAAGCGGUCCAAACUACUAGAAAGAUGGACCAUUCGAUUUGAACAGUAUGGAGACACAUUUGCCGCGAUUCUACUUGGUGCUCCUAUGAUUGCUACUAUUGACCCUUUGAAUGUACAGACAAUGCUUGGUUCAAACUUCAAAGAUUUUGGUGUACAGCCUCUGAGGAGAUCUACAACGGUUCCUUUCUUAGGCGAGGGUGUAUUCACAAUGGGUGGUCCAUUUUGGCAGCACUCGCGUAGUCUGAUGCGCCCAACCUUCACCAGAACUAAUGUUGCCAAUCUACCUGCAUUCGAGAAGAAUCUGCAAAAGUUCUUUAAACUGUUACCGGAAGAUGGAUCCACUUAUUUCGACUUCCAAAAAUCUUUUAAUUUCUCGACGCUUUCCACUACGGAAAACUGGCCUUCCUGUAUCGUGACAAGAAAUAACUAUGAUUCUAUCAAAGUAGCACAUGCAUUCGCCGACAUUUACGUUGACAAAGCAAUAAGAUACCGUACCGAUGGUCUGUCGAAAGAGGAACCUACUGAAAAAGAUAGAUCUGGAUAUAAGUAUGUUCGACUACACGAUAUGGCUAUGCAGACCGACAAUCGUAGCGAGCUUCGAAGUCAAAUUCUGCAUGUGUUUCUUGCGGGACACGAAUCUAGCGCUAUCACCAUCGGGAAUGCACUACUCCAACUCUCUUGA